CGGAGACAUGUAAAGAUGGCAGAGCUACAAAUGCUGCUCGAUGAAGAGAUCCCGGCCGCCAGUGCGCUUGUUGAGAGUUACCAGAACCUGACGAGAGUCGCGGACUACUGUGAGAACAAUUAUGUGCAGGCUCAGGACAAGAGGAAAGCUCUGGAGGAGACCAAAGCCUACACCACCCAGUCCCUGGCCAGCGUGGCCUACCAGAUCAAUGCCUUAGCCAACAAUGUGCUGCAGCUGCUGGACAUCCAGGCCUCACAGCUGCGGCGCAUGGAGUCCUCUAUCAACCACAUCUCUCAGACGGUGGAUAUCCACAAAGAAAAGGUGGCUCGGCGGGAGAUUGGGAUCCUGACAACCAAUAAAAACACGGCAAGGACCCACAAGAUCAUUGCACCAGCCAACAUGGAGCGCCCGGUGCGGUACAUCAGGAAGCCCGUCGACUACACGGUACUGGACGAUGUUGGCCACGGAGUCAAGUGGAUGAAAGCCAAGCAGCACGGAAACAAUCAGUCAAUCCGAGGAGGGACGCUAUCGCGGACCAACCCGCCGACGCAGAAGCCACCGAGUCCACCCAUGUCGGGGCGCGGCACGCUCGGGCGUAACACAUCCUAUAAAACCUUGGAGCCCGUGAAGCCCCCGACGGUGCCCAAUGACUACAUGACCAGCCCGGCCCGCCUAGGUAGCCAGCACAGCCCGGGGCGCACGGCCUCUCUCAACCAGAGACAGCGCACCCACAGCGGGAGCAGUGGGGGUAGCAGCAGCCGAGAGAACAGCGGCAGCAGUGGCAUCGGCAUUCCCAUCGCAGUGCCUACUCCAUCCAUUCCCAACUCUGGACCUGUCUUGUCCAUGACCUCCCCUCCGGGCGUGCCUCCCCCGCCUCCCCCAACUCCUCCACCUCCUCCUCCUCUUCCUGCUGUGGCCGGAUCCGGCCCCCCACCACCGCCGCCUCUUCCUCCUACCAUAGCCGUAGCCCCCGGGCCCGGCCUGGGCCCUGCCCCGAUGUCGCAGUUCGGCACCAUUUCGCGGCAGAUCUCACGGCACAACCCUGCCAACUCCUCCGUCUCCAUGGUCUCGGCCACGGGCACCUACCGCCGAGCGCCGUCGGUCACGUCGCAGUUCUCCUUGCAGCAGCAGCAGCUACAACUGCAGCAGCAGCAGCAGCAGCCACAACCGCAGCAGCAGCAGCCUCACAUUAAUGGAGGCAUACCUGCUUACAGCCAGAACUCAAUGUCUAUCGCUCCUCCUCCUCCCCCCAUGCCCCAGCUGACGCCACAGAUACCUCUGACUGGCUUUGUGGCCAGGAUGCAGGAGAGCAUCGCAGAUACCCCCACCCCACCACCUCCGCCGCCGCCGGAUGAGAUUCCCAUGUUCGACGACUCCCCUCCGCCGCCCCCCCCUCCCCCGGUGGACUACGAGGAGGAAGACGCGUCGGUCGUCCACUAUAACGACCCCUACGCCGACAGCGAUCCCCAGUGGGCGCCCAAAAACUACGUCGAGAAAGUGGUGGCCAUCUACGACUACUCCAGAGACAAGGAAGACGAGCUGUCCUUCAUGGAGGGCUCCAUCAUCUACGUGGUGAAGAAGAACGAUGAUGGCUGGUACGAAGGAGUCAGCAACGGCGUCACCGGCCUGUUCCCCGGCAACUACGUGGAGAGCAUCAUACACUACGCCGACUGAGGUGCCGCUCAAACUUUGCCAGAAUGUUCUCUCCUUCCACGGUUUGCAAGUUAAGACGACAACGUCUCGGUUUGUCUUAUUUCGGUGUUUUCUGGGCGGGUGGGCGACAUCUUAAUGUGGAACAUUUUCUUAGCAAGUCUGCCUGCUCCUGCGUGUCAACAACCGAAAGAUGGCGUCAGUAUUGGAUCUCUCAGAAGGUCACAACGGAGCCUCAGGUUGUUGGCCGUCUCCUUUUGCUGUAAAUCCAGUGAAUGUCCAAUGAUUACGAUCCUUGAAGCAUCAUUCCAUCUCGACACUUCCUUCCUGGUUGUGGCGGGGCUUUUUUUUGUAAGCAUGCGAACCUUCACAAUAUUACCUUCAGUUUGUUAUUGCCAUUAUGUUGUACAUUUAUUUUCCGUGUUUUUUGUUUCGGAAUUUGUAUUGCUGUUGAAUCACUGAACUUUUAAGGAGACGCAAAGGGAGAUUUCAGAGCCUCAAACUGAAACAAGGGGUGCUGUCACACUCGUGCUCUUUUCACUCCAUUUAAAUCCACUUCAAGUUCCCUCAUCAUUUUGUUCAGGUGUGAACGCAGUAAACUAAUCCGGGUUGACAUCUUGGCUAACGUUCUCUGUAAGCAUGUUAACAUUUAGAACUUAUGGUUAAGAAGGCUUGUGACGUCACAUUUCGUCAUCUAUAGUAGGAAUUCAAACUUGUGCUUUUUCGUCGCUGGAAGUAAGAAAUUAGAGAAUUUUUUUUGGGAACGAGCCCUCAUGUCAAAGCCUAUACGACAGGAAGUAAACAUAAUGAAACCGCCUCAUCCGGUUAGAUAGCAGCAAGCACGUCGCCCGAUUGCCGAGCGUCUAUAUUUAUUUACAAAUGUACUGUAUCCGGCUAAAUUUUUAUAAACUAGAGGGACGAGUGGUAAAAAAAAAAAUGGAUGGAUAGAUAAUUACAAGUAAUCGACUUGGUUUUCAUGUGUCUGGUUUCUAACCGUUUUCCCCCGGACACUAUCUUCCGGUGUGCGGUAUUAUUGUCCAAUAACAGAGGAAUGCACGCAUUCAUGUCUGCUUGGAUUUUUCGCCACUAUUAGAGAAAAAAUACAUGCCGAUAGAGGGGGGAAGCUUUAUUACAUUUGUGAAUAAGCACCCAAACAUUCCGCGUUUGAAGAAAAUUCUUAAAUUAAACAAACACUCUUUUUAAAUAACUUGAUGUGCUGCCAUGAUAAAAUCUCGUAAGUUCCCACUCAGGUGUUUGCCAUCUCAGACCAUGCCUUGUAUCGUUUUGUCACAUUUUUUGUUUUUGCUUUUGUGAAUCUUCCAACCAACAAAUUCAUACUCGGUGUCUUGGAUAGUGAAAUUUCUCUGCCCUUCAUUUGUAUGUAAAAUAUGUUGAUUAAAAAUAAUGUACAGCCUUUUAUAAUAAACAAUUAUAUGUACAACAA